AUGGCGGAUUCCCAAGCAUCUGAAGCACCCCAGCACAAAUACUCAACUCGACAUCAAGCCGUUGCACGCGAUCCUCUCAGCCAAGAAUCUCGAUCCAGCUCUAACGUCCCAUCCAUAUUUCCUACCGAAGUACAAGCACAACAACCAACCAGAUCCAUCUCAAGCAGUCCCAUGGCGAAAGCCAUAGCAGUAAUCAACCUCCUCGCCUUCGAACGACACGGUACAGAGCAAGGGAGAUCGCUUCUAGCACUCAGCACUGCUCUCGAGAAUGUUGAGUUGCAGAUACUGAGGGAUGAGGAGGACCGGCAGACUGAGAGGAUGGAGCGGGGUGGUGAAGCGCUGCAAGGGAUGGAGGCAGUUGAGGGGCAUGGGAAAAGGGAUGAGGAGGAGAAAGAGAGUAUGUGUUCGAAGAUCCCGUUUGUGGAGCUGAUUAUUGGGGAGGCACAGAGGGUUGACAGGGAGAGUUUGAGGGGUUUGUUGAUGUAUAUUGGGGGUGUUGUGAGGGCUUUGGAGGAGGUGUUGGGUGGGGAUGUGAGGAGGUGA